CUCACAUUUUAUCCACUUUCUUCUAAUCAAUAAUUAACCAUGUUGUCAAGAAGUAGAACACUUCCUAGCAGAAUUCACCACGGAAUUAUAGAAGAGAGGCAUGAUGUGAAGCAUUACUUACAAGUAGAAGUGCAGCCAAAAAAGCCAACGGAAGCUGAAAAACCAAUUAACAUUCUCUCCAAUUAUUCUAAGUGCUUCGAUGAUGAUGGGACAUUUUGGACAGCAAGUGCUCAUAUCAUAACUGCAGUGAUAGGGUCAGGAGUGCUCUCACUAGCAUGGUCAGUGGCUCAACUUGGUUGGAUUGCAGGACCUCUUGUCAUGCUUCUCUUUGCAUUGGUCAACCUCUACACUUCCAACCUACUUACACUUUGUUACAGAACCACUGAUUCUGUCACUGGACACAGAAAUUACACCUACAUGGAAGCAGUCAAGAACAUCUUGGGGGGUAGAAAGGUCAAGAUAUGUGGCCUAAUCCAAUAUUUCAAUCUCUUUGGAAUUGCAAUUGGGUAUACUAUUGCUGCCUCUGUCAGUAUGAUGGCAAUAAAAAGGUCAAACUGCUAUCAUAAGAGCCAUGGAGAAGAUCCAUGCCACAUGUCAAGCAAUGGGUACAUGAUAACAUUUGGUACAGCAGAGGUGAUAUUCUCUCAAAUACCUGACUUUGAUCAAGUAUGGUGGCUGUCCAUAGUUGCAGCAAUCAUGUCCUUUACAUAUUCAUCAGUUGGAUUGAGCCUUGGCAUUGAAAAAGUAGCAGAAAACAGAAGCUUUAAAGGAAGCCUAACAGGAAUAAGCAUUGGAACAGUGACACAAGCUGGAACAGUCACAGAGACACAGAAGAUAUGGAGAAGUAUGCAAGCUCUGGGAGCAAUGGCCUUUGCAUACUCCUUCUCCAUUAUCCUCAUUGAAAUUCAGGACACCAUAAAAUCUCCCCCUGCAGAGUACAAGACCAUGAGGAAGGCCACUGUGCUGAGCGUGGCAGUCACCACCGUUUUCUAUCUGCUCUGUGGAUGCAUGGGAUAUGCAGCCUUUGGAGACAAUGCACCUGGAAACCUCUUAACUGGUUUUGGAUUCUAUAAUCCUUACUGGCUUCUUGACAUUGCCAACUUUGCAAUUGUUGUGCAUCUUGUUGGUGCAUAUCAGGUAUUUUGCCAGCCUUUAUUUGCAUUUGUUGAGAAAUGGUGUGCAAGAAAAUGGGCAAAGAAUGGUUUUGUGGCCUCAGAAUAUAAAAUUGUUGUUCCUUUUCUUGGAGUAUACCAACUGAACUUGUUCCGGUUAGUAUGGAGGACCGGUUUUGUGUUUUCAACAACCAUCAUAGCCAUGCUCAUGCCUUUCUUCAACGAUGUAGUUGGAAUACUUGGAGCAUUUGGUUUCUGGCCCUUAACGGUUUACUUCCCAAUAGACAUGUACAUUUCACAGAGGAAGAUUCCUAGAUGGAGUAAUCGAUGGCUUGGACUUCAGUUACUCAGUUUCACUUGUCUUAUUGUUUCAGUUGUAGCUGCUGUAGGUUCAAUGGCUGGGGUAGUGUUGGAUCUCAAGACUUAUAAGCCAUUUAAAACUAGUUAUUAAGCUUGUUAAAUCUUGUGCUUAUAAGUAAUUGUUAUUAUCUCAAGUGGUAUGUGAGUUAUUAUCACUUUUUUGAAGUUACCAUGAAUAAUGUUUUAUACAAGGGUAACCUUUUUUGGCCAUUUUUUUCAUCUUCUCAAGGUUGCUACUUACCUACUACUACCUUUUUCUUCAUUA